UGAGGUCCAGCCUAGCCCUCAGGCACCAUGUCAGACAGCGACCUGGGUGAGGAUGAGGGCCUCCUCUCCCUGGCUGGCAAAAGGAAGCGCCGGGGCAACCUGCCCAAGGAGUCGGUGAAGAUCCUGCGGGACUGGCUGUAUUUGCACCGCUACAACGCCUACCCCUCGGAGCAGGAGAAGCUGAGUCUCUCGGGACAGACCAACCUCUCUGUGCUGCAGAUAUGUAACUGGUUCAUCAAUGCGCGGCGGCGGCUUCUCCCGGACAUGCUUCGAAAGGAUGGCAAAGACCCCAAUCAGUUCACCAUCUCACGCCGCGGAGGGAAGGCUGCCGAAGUGGCCCUCCCACGCGGUGGCAGCCCAUCUGUACUGGCCGUGUCCGUGCCAGCCCCCGCCAACGUGCUCUCCCUGUCUGUUUGCUCCAUGCCUCUCCACUCAGGCCAGGGGGAGAAGCCAGCAGCCCCCUUCCCACAGGGGGAGCUGGAGCCCGCCAAGCCCCUGGUGACCCCCAACAGCACGCUCACUCUGCUGACCAGGGCCGAAGCUAGCAGCCCCACGGGCGGACUGUUCAACACUCCACCGCCCACGCCCCCGGAGCAGGACAAGGAGGACUUCAGCAGCUUCCAGCUGCUGGUGGAGGUGGCGCUGCAGAGGGCGGCAGAGAUGGAGCUCCAGAAGCAGCAGCACCCAGCCCCUCCACUGCUGCACAGCCCACGGCCGCUGGUCUCUGAACACCCCAAGUAGACACCUGCAGGGGCGCCCGAGGCACGAGGCUGCCACAGUGGGCUUCUGUUUGCUUCCCUUCCAUUCAGAGGGUCUUCUCCGGGUCACUGCCAAACGUCACAACUGUCUUCCUCUGUCCAGAGGUCUCCGGGGGAAGGUGCCAGGUGGCAUCACUGCCCUGGGGCAGGGCCUUUUCUCUGGGCCUCCUCUCCAAGGUGAGACCUGGAGGUAGAGACAGGCCUGGUGCUGCUGCUGCUGCUCCAGAGAGCCCCUGGGACUCCUUUGUUGAACCUGGCUUCCUGGCACCGGCUCCAGGCACCUGCCCCAGGUGGGCCUGGGCUGGAUCCCAGCGGCCCCUGCGCUGUGCUGCUUCUGUGAGCCCAGUGUGGACCAGCCACAUUGACAAAGUGAGCAGGAGAGGAAACCAGCAGAUGGAACAGAACCGACUCCAGUUGAAUGUCAAGUUCUUCGCCAAACUGUUUCUCUUCCCUUUUUACUGUGGUUUGCCUUACGGGAAUAGUUAGCCAAGGCUUGAGGACUGAAAGUGUCUGGGUUGGGGGACACCCUCCCAGGAAGAGGGCUUUCCAUGUACAGGGCCAGCUUAGUUUCUGUGGUGGUUGAAGUUCCCAAGGCUUUCGGUUUACCAAAAAGAAGGCAGAGAAGGUGUUCAGGGUGCCUGCUAUUCUGCACCAGGCACAAGUGGGGUGGAGCCACCCAGGGAGUCAACCACAGUGGACUACACCUGCCAGGCACAGGACACAGAAGUGGAAUAGAACCAGAGAGGCAUUUGGUAUUCUGUGUUUGGUGGUUUUUUUUUUUUUUCCCUGUAAUUUGGGGGCAGGGGUGGGAAAGUAAGCUUAGACUAAAGCAGCAAGUUGUUUUUUUCUCUCUGUAAUGUUUCUCCUUCUUUAUUCUUGAAUGCUUCCCCCACCCUGCAGCCUGAGUUUUGAAUUCCUCCAGGAGCUUGGGUUAGUGAGGCCAGAAGGGAAACCCCAGCAUUCCCUAUGUGGAGAGAAGGGAGCCACCUAGUGGCCGACUGCGGCAGUCCAGCCUCCUUGGUGGUAAUGGGAACUUACUGGAAUGCACCGAGAGGCAGUGGUGUCCAGCCUGCUGGGUCGACUGCACCUUUCUUUAAAGUGGUGUCUGGGGGCCCCUGCCACAGCCUUCCCGGUCUGCUGGCCUCACACUCCAUUUUCUCUGCUGGCUGUUGCUGUUAGCAUUCGGUGGCAGCCAACCCUGUCUUCCAUCCCAGUGUAUCCUAACAAACACUAACCUAGGUUAUUAGCCAAAAUGUUUUUGUUCCAAAUGCUAUUCCUGGGCCAAAAUAUAGAUCAGGAGGCCCAGCCUGUCAUCCCCUGACAUUCCCUGGUCAGGCUCAGAGGGGACCUCAGCAGGUUCCGGGGCAUUGAUGGAUGGGGAUGGGCCCAGCUAGGAUGGUGGCCGCAGAACCUGUUCUGUCCUUGUUUGGGUCAAUCCUCACCCCAGCCCCCACCCCAAGUGGCCUGGCUCCUCUCUACUGCUCGCAUAGAAUGGGUGACAAGGAGAAGGGUUUGUGCUCUCUGCCUUGCCUCUUCCUGACCUCUCCCCCCUCUGCCCCAGAGAUGGAGUCUUGGAGAGAGAGAGCAGCUGCUCUCUGGUCACUGGAGCUGCUGUUGGCUCAGCCUCUUACGCCCCAGCCAGAGGGGGUCCCAUGCUUGGUGACUGCAAAGGGCGUCCUAAACAGUGGCAGGGCAAGGGGUGCGGGAGCCAUGCUGCUGAAUUCUGGUUGGCUCCCCCCUUGCGUGAAAUGGGGUGUCAGUCUGGGGUAGCCCCUGUUUGGGUUUGGUUGCAAGAUGAACCUGGAGGAACAGCACAGGUGCCGGGUUGAAUUAUUUGAGCAAAGAACUACUGUAAAUAACUUUGGUUUUGUCUUCUGUCAAAUAAAGUCGUUUUGUUUUUG